AACAUAACAAACUUCAAAUUCUAACAUCUUGUAUUAAAUUUCAAAAGACUGGACUACCUUCUUAUAUCAGAGCAUGCAGUGUUCAAAUUUUUUAAUAACCACAACAUGUAACCUGACCACUUAUAAACCUCUACCAAAUUACUAAUAAAAUGGACAAAUAACUUACAAUUCCCAUUCUUAAUAAUCACAUACAUCUCUUUAAGCUUCGAAGGAUACACAAUUGUAACAUAUACUGAAUUACACAAUGUUAUGUACCAAUGACAUUGCACCAGCAACUAAAUGGAUAAAAUCAUGCCGCCGAAUGCCAUGGGUACUAUUUUUAUAAUUGACAUUUUUGUACCUAAUAGAUAUUAGUUGAUUAAUUAUCGUGAUUAGGUAUACGUGCUUCAUUUACAUUAAUAAAUGAGUAGGAAUCAAGGACUGUUAUUUCGAUUGAACAUAUUAAACGUACUGAAUUUAUACAAUUAUGGUUUUAUUUUUUAAUUUAAAAUUUUCUAUUUACUUUCAUAAAAAUUUAGCGUUAUGUUUUGAAACAUUUUCCUUUUUCUUCAAUACAGUUCUAAUAUUUUAAUACAAAACAGUAAAAAUCAUAAAAAUAUCAUACAGGGAACAAAGAGAAUAGAAUGUAAAGCCAAAUACGUUUAUACAACGAAAUAGAAGAUAAGUUGCGUUGAUUAUAGUAAAAAUAUAAGUAAUACGCUAAUGUCCCAUAUUUGUUAUGUUAUAACUUUUUGCUUUUAUGCUUUUGAUUCAUUCCAAUCUGAUCUCAUAAAAUAUGUUUUUUAAAUUUGUCAAUUUAUCUCGUAAUACACAGAUGAUAAAUCUUGAAGAUCAGUAUAUAACAGACGAUCAAGUAAAAGCAGCAUAUCAAAAUACACGUCUUGAACACAACAUACAACUAGAUAUCAAUUCCAGCCCUAAACUAGCAAGGCUUACACGAAUUAUGGUUACCCUAGGCAUGGCGAACUCUCAUCCUGACGCCGUCGUUAAUAUGAUGAUGGCUGGUGCGAACAUAGUUCGUUUGAAUAUGUCUCAUGAAACAGAGAAAUGGCACGCAAUCACUGUACAAUCUGUUAGAGAAGCAGGAAAUAGAAUGUAUGAAUUGACGACGGAGGUUUACCCCUUGGGAGUUGCAAUGAAUCUCCAGGGUCCCGAAAUAAGAACGGGUGUAUUCCGUGGUGAUGAGAAGAGUAUAGGAUACGCUAAAUUAGAGGAAGGUAAAAUGGUAAAAUUGGUAACGAACAAUAUCGCAAAACGUGGAGGGUGUGCUACAUGUUUUUGGAUUUCUUACCUUGAAUUACCUCGCGUAUGUCGGGUAGGAGAUAGGAUAUUGAUUGAUCGAGGCGCUGCUCUAUUACAAGUCACCUGUAUCCAUGAAGAAGCUGUAACUUGUAAAAUAAUUAAAGGUGGUAUUGUAAGGGAUAACAAAUUGGUGCAAUUACUAGACAGUGUAGUUUCAUUACCACAAAUUUCGGAAAAAGACACUGAACAUAUGAAAUUGGCUUCAAUGUUAGAAUGUGAUUUCCUUAUAAUGAAUCAUACACGUAACGAGAAAAUGUUGUACGGCAUUAAAAGUCGCUUGAAGAAAAUGGGUGUUACUAAAAUUUGCGUUAUGGCAAAGAUCUCAACUCAGCAAGGAUUCGAAAAUUUCGAUGAAAUUUUACAUUCAGCUGAUGCUAUUCUUCUCGAUAGAAACAAUAUUGAAAUAGACGUAGGGAAUGAAAAACUAUUUUUAGUCGAAAAAAUAAUUAUUGCGAAAUGUAUAAAGAUAGGAAAACCAAUUGUAUUAGGGUUUCAAGUAUAUAAUAACGAACAGUUAAAUAUUGAUAUGAAUUUAAUUGCGCAUGCUGUUUUAAAUGGAGUCGAUGCAAUUUUUCUGAAAACUGGUGCUAUGAAUAUGAAAGAUACUACUAAAUUAUUAAGAGAUGUCGAUAUAGUAUGCAGAGAAGCUGAAAGCGCUCGGUGGCAAAAGGAAAUUUUCGAUGAAUUAAGCUACAAGGUGCCAAUACCUCUAGAUCCUUUACACUCUAUCAUAGUUGGAGCAGUUGAGACAUCGAUAAAAUCAAAUGCAGCAGCAAUUGUCGUUACUACAACAACAGGACGCAGCGCUGUUUUAUUAUCGAUGUAUCGUCCUAAAUGUCUAAUUCUUGCAGUUACUCGUUAUGGAGUAGUCGCUAGAUGGCUACAGCUGUAUUAUGGUAUCCAUUCUCUUCAUUACAGAACGGAGCCCUUGUCUGAUUGGGGUAAAGACAUGCAAACUCGAAUACAGACUGGUAUCGACUCUCUCCGAAGAAAAGGGUACAUUAGAGUUGGCGAUGCGAUCGUGAUUGUUAGUGGAUGGCGUCAAGGAGCAGGCUUUACAAACUGCAUACGUAUAGUUUAUGUGUCACCUGGACACAUGGAAAAUCAAAUAGCGGAUUUCGAGCCUUGCUGGUGAAAUAUAUCCCUUUUUUUAAUUCAAAUAAAACAAUUUUACCAUGGUUGAAACAAUUAAUAAAACAUUUUUAAUUAACACUUUAGUUGUUUCUUUUAAACAACUUUUUAGAUAUUGUUUAACUUUAUUAAGUUUUUAUAACAUGUAUCUAUAUACUCUUAAUUCCUGCCCGAGUCAUUUCUUUCUGUUAAUAUUACUAUCCAUAAUCCAUAUACCAAAAAUCAACCUCUAUUACGUAUUUAUUUGUUUAAAUCGAUCAAAUUUUAAAUUUAAAUUUUAUUAAAUUUAUUUUCCGUUUGAUUUUGGAUUUAAUCGGAAGGGAAAUAUUGAAAUGAUAUUAUUGUGUAUGAAAUAUUGAUUUAGAUUUCUGAUUAAUACGGUAGUUGCUGCCACCAGAAAUAGACUAAGGACUAUUUCAAAAAAAAUUUUUUUUAUUAUUACUAUUAUUAUUGUUUCUCUUCAAGUUAAGAGUAUUAGUGUGUGAUGGAUAUUGUUCGUCUAUAGUGUCUUUGGUAACUAGAUUGAAUUCCCAGUCUGGAAGUGCAUCUGUAGCACGUUCUUGGCUGUAGGAAGACAAAUCUUUGUACCUUCGUCUGUCGGGGUUUUUGUUACUUCGUAAGUGCUUAUCCAAUAAUUUACGUUUAAUGGGUAGCGUUAACUAACGUUUAAUGCAACUGGCAAACGAAUUCCACUUUUCGGCUAACCUGCUAUGCGCAGGAGUACUGGCACGGGAGAGGAUUAAAGUUAUUCGGAAUAGACAGUUGAUAUUGACAAAUGUAUUUAUUUCGUCCAAUUGAGUUAUAUCGAUGUAAAUAUGUUAUAAUUUAUUCGAUUUUUGUCGAUUAAAGGUGUUACAAUGUCGGUUAUAAGUAUCGUCGGAUACAAAUAUAGAAAUAGUAUAUGGUGGUGUACAAUAAAUAUGUAUAUGUAGAUAUAGUAAAUACUCAAACUUCUAAUCGGAUAAGUUUUACAAAUGUUUAGUAGGGUAAGAUUUAUUUGUAUCGAUAGGAUUAAUGGCGAAAGCUAAUUUUUACUCGUUCGGGCGAUUAACAUAAUACGAUUUAUGACAAACGCUAUCGUAUGAUGUAGGCGAUGGCGAUCGAGAUUGGAAGGAAUGCGUCUCGCAAUGUUCGGAAAUAAGUGAACUCGAGGGCGAAAAACUCGGUACAGAAUCUUCGUGAUUUAAUUCUAACUCUUCUCUGCGCCUCUUUUCUUCCCUUUUAACUUCUGCAGCAAUUAAUCGUUUGUACCAACGUUCGGCUCGCUUCUUGCUGAGGUGACUUUUAUCUUUUCGAUUCUUUCUUGUUUUUGUCAUCUGAUAUGAUCAAGGUGAAAUGAAUAUCACUCUCUGUGUGCGACUUGUGCGAUUUCGCAAGCCUUGCCCAAAGACGGGCGAUAUUUGCCAACGAUGGGAGGAGGAAUGCGAAAAUCGAUAAGUGUUUUCGAUAAUUGAAAACACCGUUAACACAGGUUUAACACAGCGAACAAUCAGUUAGAUUUAACAAUUUAGAAAAUAUAAGUCGUUCUUGGCAACUAGUGAAGUCGUAAGCGAAAAAUGAUUAUUUUAAUUGGCAACUGGAUUCACUGUGGACAAUCAGUGUGGCUUCGUAGGCCUCGCCCAAGGAUGAGCAAUCUGCUAACGAUGGGAAGAGGAAAACGAAAAACCAUAGAUGUUCUCUGCGUUGAAAACACCGUAAUCACUGGUUGAUACAGCGAACAAUUGUAAACGAAAUAGAUCGAAAUUUGAUAAAGUUGUUUUAUUCCAGACAAUUUAUUAAAUCUUGGCCAAGAACGUUUAUUUCAAUUUUAUAUCGUGAAUUCAAGACGUUCGGAUGAAAUCUACGUAAAUUGUGUGCUUGAUAGUUUUAUCUGUCAACUAUAACUGCCGACGGGUGCUUUUGUUCAGAGACAACUUUGUUCGACUGCAAGUUAAAAGAGAAGAGGAUAUACAAUUUCAAAUUUCCUACCUUGAUUAGAUGUAAAGUCGAUCGGCGGUAUGUAUGGCUUGGUGAUGUGUCGAAUUUUGACAAUUAACUUUGAUUCCGCAGAUGAAGUGACAAUACGAAUGAUGAUUUUUUGAAACCAUUUUUAAUAUUCGAUUUCGACGGACAGAGUGACGAUGUGAACAAUUUGAAUUUUGGAUGAAGACUCUUGAAACUAUUUAACUUUUCUAAUAUUCGAUUUCGACGGACAGAGUGACGAUGUGAAUGGUCUGAAUUUUGAAUAAGGACUCUCCUACUCUAUGUUAUUCCCGCUUAUUUAUAAUAUCCUAAUUGUCACGUGAUGGAUCAUCUCUAUGGGAAUCACAGCAUUGCUACGUGACAAAUUAGGAAUUUUGUAACUGUCUACAUUCGCGGAUUGUGCUGAAGUUUCGUCUUCUUGAUUAUCUUAUUUACGCUAUUCCUAAUUUCUCAUAUCCUUGAGACACGUAGAUGCUGCUGAAGUUUCGUCUUCUUAAUUUCUCGUAUUUCGUUGGGUAUUAGGGACAUGCAAGGUGCGUGAUAAGAU